AUUUAUCUUAGGGUAAAUAGUACUAUGGAACAAACAAUUGAUUCCCAGCUGAAAUUCAUAUAUAAAUGUUUCUUCUUGUUCGGAAAGGUUGAGCCAGUGUCAAGAUGGCGUUCCUUGUUAAAUUUCCCACGCAAUUCCUGCAUUGCGAGAGAGACUCUGCUGCACUUUUGAAAGGAGGAGACAAAAGAUGGAAUGUUCCUCGAUUUACAAAGAUGAGACCAAAUACUUUGAUUGUAGCUUCCAUUUCUAGCACGUCCACCCAAAUUAUUGACAUGUCGGCAUUAUCUGUAUCCAGUAUAGCUCAAAGCGCUGUCAUGGUAAACGGUUGCACUGGUAAAAUGGGAAAAUCAGUUAUUCAGGCAGCUAUUUCGGCUGGACUUGAUGUGGUUCCUAUAUCAUUUGGCAGUCUAGAGGAGUCUGGUCAAAUGGUGGAAGUGGGUGGGAAAGAAAUCCAGGUGCAUGGUCCUUUGGAAAGGGAGAAUGUUUUAUCAUCAACUUUUGCUCAAUACCCAAAUUUAGUAGUGGUUGACUAUACACUUCCAGCUGCAGUGAACAUUAAUGCAGAGCUGUACUGCAAAAUUGGAGUCCCAUUUGUGAUGGGAACUACAGGUGGAGAUAGGAAUCAGCUUUAUAAAACUGUUGAAGACUCGAAAAAUUAUGCUGUGAUCUCUCCACAAAUGGGAAAGCAGGUUGUAGCUUUUCUGGCAGCCAUGGAGAUUAUGGCUGAGCAGUUUCCAGGGGCCUUCUACGGUUACAAACUGCAGGUCUUGGAGUCUCAUCAAGCAAGCAAGCUAGACAUGUCUGGAACUGCCAAAGAUGUCAUUUCCUGCUUUGAGAAACUUGGUGUGUCCUUUGAUAUAAAUGAGAUUCAAAUGAUCCGGGAUCCAAAGCAGCAAAUCGAGAUGGUUGGGGUCCCAGAGGAGCAUCUGUUUGGUCAUGCUUUUCAUAUGUAUCAUCUGACAUCGCCUGAUCAAACAGUUUCCUUUGAGUUUCAGCACAAUGUAUGUGGUCGAUCAAUAUAUGCUGAAGGCACGGUUGAUGCUGUCAUUUUCCUGGCUAAAAAGGUUCGGGCUAAGGCUGACAAAAGAAUCUACAACAUGAUUGAUGUCUUGAGGGAGGGCAACAUGAGAUGAUAAUUGGGUUUCAGUUAAUGAGUUUGUAAUUCUAUAAUCGAUGUAGAUCUAAGCCAUAUCUAGGACGAGCUUUGUGCAGUUCCCAAAUUGUUGGAAACAUGAUUUGAGGUGAACUUUGGUUUGUUUGUUACUGUUACUUUCAAAGCAGGCUUAGAUUUAUAGUGUUACAGAAAUUUGAAAAUAUUACUAGUCUUAGAUUACAACUUUUUUUUU